AGAUGAGACCGAAAGGCCAAUGAGAGAUGCCUUAUGCUAUGCCCAAUGAUAGCGAGGGAGGAAAGUAAGAACGAGAAGCAAAGUGAGGAAGUCGAGGGGGCUACAACGACAAGUGUUGGGAGCUAUCAUUGAUGAAGGAAACAACUCUUGCUUUUCGACAAUUAACCAGCAUUUACAGUGCCGUAGGCUGAUUACUUCAAGUAAAAUUGAUAGCCCACCAUCGAAGAUAAUCAAGACACAGGAGGAUUAAAGGUGACGACGCUUUACGACACAUUGUAGUACGUCUCGGCAAUAAACAGACAACGACGAUAAGGGCUUUCUCUCUUCAAUCCUCGCCAAACUACAUUCUCUCCUUUGUAAAGUAUCAUGGCCGACGGAUGGCGUCCUUGAACUCUACUCUUUUCCAGAGGCCAUACAAAUAACAUAUCACUGGAAUCCAUAGUUUUGACAGAAAUGGCCAGAAACAUGGAGCUGGCUCUGUUAUUCCUUGGUCUUGCUUACGCUGUUUCUGGGUUUCUUCUCGAUGCAUCCGAACCCGAGGGACACUCUGUGUUUUCUUAUAUAGAAAACGAUAUCGUCACCGCACACUCUCCUUCAUCCUCCCAAGCUCUCAUGGUCGACCUCACUCUCAUCGAAGCUGCUGCAUCUAAAGGGGCCGUGUGUUUGGACGGAACACUGCCUGGUUAUCAUUUGGAUCCUGGAUUUGGAUCAGGUGCAAAUAGUUGGCUCAUUGAAUUGGAGGGUGGAGGAUGGUGUAAUAACAUCAGAACUUGUGUUUAUAGAAAAACUACUCGUCGUGGCUCCUCAAACUACAUGGAAAAGCAAAUACCAUUCUCGGGAAUAUUGAGCAAUAAAGCUGAAGAAAAUCCUGAUUUUUUCAACUGGAACCGGGUUAAAUUAAGGUACUGCGAUGGGGGAUCUUUCAGUGGAGAUAGUCAGAAUGAGGCUGCACAGCUUCAAUUUCGAGGGCAAAAAAUAUGGCUUGCUGCUGUGGAUGAGUUAAUGUCCAAGGGAAUGCAGAAUGCUGACCAAGCUCUCCUCUCUGGAUGCUCUGCUGGUGGUCUGGCAACCAUAAUGCAUUGUGAUGAGUUCAAGAGAUUGUUUCAAAACUCCACGAAAGUAAAAUGUUUGAGUGAUGCAGGAUUUUUUCUUGAUGCAGCUGAUGUAUCUGGGGGGCGUACUUUAAGGAAUAUGUUUGCAGGUGUCGUUCAGUUGCAGGAAGUACAAAAGAAUUUGCCAGAAACUUGUCUCAACCAACUUGAUCCAACUUCGUGCUUCUUUCCUCAGAAUUUGGUCAAUCAUGUAGAAACUCCAUUAUUUCUACUUAAUGCAGCCUAUGAUUCAUGGCAGGUUCAAGCCAGUUUAGUACCAGCUUCAGCUGAUCCCUAUGGCUCUUGGAAUGACUGCAAAUCAAAUCAUGUAAAUUGUAACUCAUCUCAGAUCCAGUUCCUCCAAGACUUCAGAACUCAAAUGCUGAAUGCCUUGCAAGAUUUCUCAAGUGAAGCUCAAACUGGACUGUUCAUAAAUUCUUGCUUUUCUCACUGCCAAUCUGAGAGGCAGGAAUUAUGGUUUUCUGAUGACUCUCCUCUACUUACGGGCAAGCCUAUUGCAAUUGCUGUUGGAGACUGGUAUUUCAAUCGGGAUGCUUUCAAGGCUAUUGACUGUGCUUACCCCUGUGACAACACCUGCCAUAAUCUGGUCUUCAACUGACUCAAUUUAUUCGUGCUUUCAUUCAUUUGUCUGCCAUUUUUCUUUCUUGUACAUUUAUUGUUUCCUUACUGAGAGGUCAUUCUUGCCUGAGAAUGCAAAUUCAUCAGAUUCCGAUUAGUCUAUUCGAUGAGAUUUUUUUUUA